GAGACUAGGACAGUUGAUUGUGAGGGCACAAUAACUUCCCAUUCUUUUGGAAGUUUUGAGCUGGGCCUUGCCUAAACGCUAGCUGCAAAAGCUGAAAUGAUGGUGGGUUGUUGUUGUUUCUUGUAUUAUUAUUUUCAGGAAUUUUACUUUGAAAACUUUUGCCCGGAUGUGCCGUGGCUUUAUUAUUUCCGUGUUCUUAACUGGUGACAAAUACAAGCUCCUAAAGUUGCGAUGGUAAAAGACUAGUAGGGAUGUGGUUGGUAAUAAACCAAAUGUUCUGAGGAUUUAAUGGUUUAAACCAGUAUCCAGAGGGCAGUGGUAACCGUAACACUGUGACGUGGCAAUUUUGCUGAAGACCGAGCAGUUUUUUGGAGGCCUGGGGUCAAGCUAACAGUCAAGCUAACGAUAAAUGUCCAUUAUGUCUUGGGAAGAAUUGCCUUGCUUUCUGGCCUCGCCUCUGCCCGGUUUCUUUGCUGUCUGAUCCGCGUUGGGCAACAAAGGAAGCAGGUAACUUGAAACUCUACUGUCAAUGCUGCGCAGGAGAAAAAUAUAAAUUACUCAACACCAACGGGUUUACUGUAGCUUGCUAGCUUGUGGGCCAUGGCGGACAGCUUUGGAGAUGAGUCCAGCAGCAGUGCCCUAGGCUUAGACGUUACUACGGGACAGGGGAGCGGAGCCUCACAGCUUCCGAUUUUGUCUAACUCUCUGCCAGUGGGAAUGUCGGCAACUGGCGGUGUGCACUCCAGCUCCAACCCGGCCUCUCCGCCUCUUGCUGCCGCCGCGCAGAGUGGCCUAACAGCUGUGGUGGCCCCUAUCUCCGCUGUCACUGCUACCCCGGUCAGUUUUGGGAACACAUUGACUCCCGGCUCUUCACCACCCGUCGUGGCCGUGUCUCCCACGUUGCAUGCCUCCUCGCCUCUCCCCGGUGUUGGGCUAGGGGCGGCAGGAGCGGGCCUCCUAUCUCAAAUCAAUGCCACUUCCUGGGACCCAACUCUUAGCACGGACUGGGACAACGAAAAAGCUUCCCAGCAGUGCAUCCUGAGGAUAAAGAGGGAUAUCAUGUCCAUCUACAAGGAACCUCCACCAGGGAUGUUCGUGGUCCCUGAUCCUCAGGACAUGACCAAGAUCCAUGCCCUGAUCACAGGGCCCUUUGACACGCCAUAUGAGGGUGGCUUCUUCCUCUUCCUGUUCCGCUGUCCCCCUGACUAUCCAAUUCAUCCACCACGGGUCAAGCUCAUCACCACUGGGCACAACACUGUCCGUUUCAAUCCCAACUUCUACCGCAAUGGCAAAGUAUGCCUCAGCAUCCUGGGGACAUGGACAGGGCCGGCAUGGAGUCCAGCUCAGAGUAUCUCGUCUGUGCUCAUCUCAAUCCAGUCUCUGAUGACGGAGAACCCCUAUCACAAUGAACCUGGCUUUGAACAGGAGCGUCACCCGGGGGACAGUAAGAAUUACAACGAGUGCAUCCGCCAUGAAACCAUGAGAGUGGCUGUGUGUGACAUGCUGGAGGGAAAAGUUCUUUGUCCUGAAGCUUUGUUGAGUGUGAUGGAGAAGUCCUUCCUUGAAUACUAUGAUUUCUACGAGGGCGUUUGCAAAGAGAGAUUGCAUCUGCAGGGGCAGAACAUGCAGGACCCAUUUGGGGAGAAGCGUGGCCGUUUCGACUACCAGGGCUUGUUGGCUCGUCUCGGCGCAACCCACAGACGACUGCGAGAGAAAAACCUGGCAGAGGAUAACCACAAUGACAACGACUCGGACUCAGACACCAGCUCCUCAGGGACAGACCCCGACAGUCAGGGCAGCUCACAGCCCUGACUUCUUGGACAGUGCUAGACUUAUAGCCGAAAACUAAAGACAAGAGAACUGUUUUUUGUGUUUCUUUGUUUGUUUUGCUGCAUCGGAGCAACAUCACAGAAGACGGUGUGAGUCUUUCUUGGGAAUACGAUUGGAAUCGAGUAUCUAUUGUAUAAAUAAUACAGAAAACUAAAGAAGAGGUGGUUCCUUUUUGCUGAAAAAAAAUAAAAAUAAAAAAAUAACGGCAAUCUGCAAGCCAAGUGCUGGAAAACUUGACCUGCAGCUUUGGAUUUGUGCUACUCGUAGCUAGCCGGUUACCAUUUUGAUCUGCGACUCUAAAAGCUCAAUUUGACUUUGACAUUCUGGAUACUUGUGAAAAGAAAAGGUUAUAGUGACGGCUUGAACCUUCUAUGAUGUUCCACUUUGAUCCACAAGCACAAACAUGUUUUCUAUCUUUUCCACACCAAUGAAAUACUGUCUGUUAGGGACCUGUGAAGAGGAGGCCUGAAGCUUGGAGCUGGUUUAAGCAAAAUCAAAGGACCUUAUCCUGGGAAUGUCAGGAUGAUUGGCCUGAUUUGGUUGAAGCAGGGUAAGAUCAAAGAAGGUGCUCCCCGUCUUUGAUUUCAAGAGGGAAGGCAAAGUUUUCCUGUGUAACGCGGAAGAUGGAGAAAGUGACUGCAGUGGAUUUGUGAGUCAGUGCCUUGUCUCCUCUAAGUGUAAAGCCAUGCCAGACCUCUUCCACACUUGACAUCAAUUGUUUCUUCAGCCAGGCCACAAAAAUUAAAAAAAUAUUCAGCAGCUCUGGAUUUCUACAAUAUUUCUUGUGUAUUAGCCUCUACAAAAAGUUCUGUUUAGCUUUCAGCUCUAAUUGUCCUGUUGAAUUGGUGCUCAGAUAAGGAGACAUUUCAAUUUCAUUAACAUCUUUAUGCCUUUUUAUGUUGUUUUCUUUGCUGUAAUCAGACAUCAGACUAACAAUAACUUAAAAUAUGUACGAUGCAUUAUUUGUAAUCCUAGCUGGGAUUUGGGUUUUUUUGUUUUGAAUCAGUCAAGUUUUCAAACCAAAUUGUCUCACACUUUCACUAGAUUAACUUUAAUUCAGGGAAAUUAAUGGAAGGAAUACAAAACUCUGCUCUUGUAUGGACAGUGAAUUAACCCAACCAGUUUGUUCUUCUCAGGCUUUUUCGAUGCUUUGGUAGUUGUUUCUCCAUUAUCCAACCCUUAAAAGUGGCCCUCGCAGUGAACUAAUAUUCAUUUGUUAUUUCAGGUUUCUGCUUUUCACCAAUAAAUGACAGUCACGGCACCAUUGGAGUUACACAAUCACAAGGUACUAAAGUGACAGGUGUUGCUGCUUAUGCUCUGAACUCAACGAGAGGGUUUUCUCUUGGGGAAACAAAGGGGCACAGAGAGAGGAGGAAAAUGUUUGAUUGACACGCUGAGAUUUUUCCUUCUGUCUUUAUGCAAUACUCAUAUUUGCACUGAAAGAAAUGUUGCAUGACGGCAUGCUUUAUCCAGCUCAUCUAGCUUGACUGCAAGAAAUGUGUGUGGUGGGGGGAAAGCCUUCAUUUCAGGACAUCAUUAGGUCAAUGUAAUGAUGCUUCGGAUGAGCACCUUCAUCCUGGUAAACAGUUUAUUGGUGUUUUUCUGUAGGCCAUGUUUGUAUCAGGACUUACACCCACAUUACAAUUUAGCAAGAAAACAAACUAUUGUGACAUUAACGAUACCCAGGUGUUUUUCACUUCAACGACUGCAGCUUGUAAUAGCUUCAGUUUAACUCUUUAAGAUCUGCUCUGAAGAAGAGGAAUGAUAUUGAUAUCCACUGUCAUUGUGCCUGCUGCAUAUAAGUUGAUGGCACUAAAAAAAAUUAAAUGCGAUUUUUGAAAGUUCUUUGAGUUGGAUGAGAAGGUGCAUUGUGCUCGCAAGCUUUUAAGCUGUCCCAUGAGUAAACUUGUGAAGUUGUUUUUCUGACUGUGGUAAAUGUGUACUUUUACAUCAACACGAUUGCUACAAAGAUGCUGUUUCAUUUCAUUGCUCAAAUUCUUACCAAAACCUUUCCUUUGAUAGCCAUUUCCAUUGUUCAAUAAAGCAAUAUUUGCUUUAAUCAAGUUUUUUUUUUUUUCUUUUUCCCAACAAUACUGACCAUCUCUGUGACUGUGGAGUCAGCAACUAUUGGUUAAAAUGUAAUGUUAUAGUUAAAUUCCAAUGUUGGGGUCAAAUUCACAUGCAAUACAUGAACAUGCACUAUUGUGUCAAACACAACGCAUCCACAAGAAUUAAAAAUACACUUAAGCCGCCUGCAGCUUAGCUUAACAGAAAAGUUGCAAGUCACACUUUCUUCUAGUGGAGACGUAAUGACUAAAAGGUUAUCAGCACUUCUGUAACUAAAACGCUGUAUUUUCUAAUUUAAUUGCUACAUAAACCUACAUAAAAUGUAGAUGGAACUAUUUGUCACAAUCAAGCUGCAAGCCUUCAGGUUUUAAAAAUGAACACAACCUGGAGCUGUGGCAAAGUGCUGGAUUUUGUAGAAGCAUGAAGUUAAGGGCAUCUCUGAGGCAUCACCUCUGCUAAUGCUAGUCACUGGACCUUUCCCCUACAUUUGUCUCAGGCCAUCCGAGAAGUGGGUGCUUGAAAUUCUAGUAUUUUCUUUAAAACUUUGUCUGUUUUCUUGGGCUCUUAUUUGGUACUAAUAAGCAUUGCACUUGCACAGGUUAUGGAUGCAGCUCGCUAAGCAGCUUGCUAGCUUUAAUAAUCUUAUGUCCAAAACUAGUGGGUACCAUCAGGGCAGCUGUGUCCACAGCUGUAUUCCCAACUGCAUCUUACUGUCUGAGCAACUAAAAUGUGAUUGGAAUCCCCAAACCAGACUGCAUUUGUGCAUUUUCAUCAUACGGAUGGUGGUAGGUAGGAUAUUUAGCUUGUAAUCAUAAGGAAGAAAAAAUAAGCCCAUUCUUGAGUGUUUUGAGUUCACCCAUUAAGAGGAUAUCUAACUUUCAUAAAAUUCAUUCAUGAUUUAUCUGGGCAUUAAUAGCUCUGAGUACACUGGAUAUGAUAUUGGGACAGAGCUAUGCUACAUGUUUCCUAGCUUGUGCUAAGCUAGCAGACAUUCAUGAUCAAGUCUCAUCAUCAAGGAGAAAAAAAAUCAUAUGGUCAUUCUCUCAUAUUCAUCUCUCUAGACUAAAACAUUAUAGUGUUUUGACUAUCUUUUGCCUUCCAUUGUCCUACAGAGUUUGUGUUUAAUUGCAGUGUUGAUGGAGUCAGUUUCUGCCCUCAGCUUUGUGUCAGACUCUUGUUCGAUUGCCAUAAUGGCAUUUCUAACAUAGGGCAUUCCUGUUUGUUAUCGAAUGGUUAUGAGAAGCUGCUUCUAGCAAAGUUUUGUGAUUGCCAAAAUGUUCAAUUCAACAUGCCCUGAAAGGAACAACAGGGAUUAUAUCCUUGUUUGCUUGUGCUGUGCUUAAAGCGUUUUUUUGUGGUUCAAAAAUGCCUGGAUUCACAACAGGUCUUGAGCAUGGUGAUAUUGUGCAGAAGUUUUGGAAAAGCAUAGAAUAAAGUGCUGUUCAGUCCUGAUGCAUAUGACUGGUCUUUUUUGUUGUUGUUCCCUAAAUUUGGUUUUAUUUUAUUGUUUUAAUGAAUGUGGUUAGAUGUGAACUUCCUGUCUCUGAGACUAAUAAAGGCUAACUUAUCUUUAA